ACCUCUACAUUUAAAAAAAAAAAAAAAAAAAAAAAAAUGGCACGCAUUUCGAGUGCCUCUAUUUCACAACCCUACAUAGUGCACAACACAACAUCCCAGCUAGUGGACUACUCUGCACCCUAUCUAGUGCACUGCACUGCACACUACUUAGUGCACUAAACGUCCGACAGGGAGGCGAUUUGGGACCGAGCCAUAGCCCACUUUUUCCCACAGUCCACAGUGCGCGUGCAGGCUGCGGAAAUGACACAGCACCGACAAAGCCGUCACGUCACGUCACGCGAGACCACGGGACACGGAGCCACGGAGAGGCAGGAGUCACGCGUGGAUCGGACGCACGGACACGCAAAUGGCCGCGUGAGGAACCGCGAGAUCCACCACCCGGGGAAAUGAGCUCAUCCGAGUAUGCAGCUAAAGCGGAAGGACGUGCGGUGGAUAAAGACAUUAAGGUUGAAAAGGAAACAGACGACACGUCAGACACUGAGACGAGACAGAAUUUAGAAGACAAGUCUUUGAACAGUUUCACUCAGAGGAUCGCUAAGAGGUCUGCGUCCCACGGCUUCGACUGCCUUUACUCGGCUCAGAACCAGUCUAGUGGCAGUAAGAAGGCCAAGGUUGGUGAACUUUGCCAAGAUGGUGGUUUAGAGGAAACAUCCAGAUCCCCCCAGGACAAAACCAUAUCGUCUUACAGGAAGCCUUUAUAUGGCAUUUCUCAUCGUAUCGCAGAGAAAAAGGCCACAUCCAGCAUGGAUCAGCACGAAGCUGGGGGCCGGGUUAGCCGUAAUGGGAUCCUUUUCCCAAAGUUGGACGGUCUAAUCAGUGCAAGGUUUGACGCUGCGUCGUCUUCCAGAUCCUCCACGUCUCCAGUUUCUUCCGAAUCAAAUCUCUAUCCACUUUUUGAGAAGAUGUUCUUUAUUCUCAAUAGUUUGAACUCCAGCAUGACUCAGCUGCACAGCAAGGUGGAUCUUCUUUCCCUCGAAGUGACACGCAUCAAGAAGCAGAUCAAACCUUUGGAGAUAGCUAUGGAAUUUCAGCCUCCACCAGAAUACCAGUUGACCAGAGAGGAAUUGGCUCAGUUGAUGGAGCAAACCUCCACAGCGGGUGAACUUGGGUGCAGGCUGCUAGUCCAGCUCUUUCCAGAGCUAUUCACAGCUAAAGAAUGUGCGCAUGAUUGCCGAGCUUGUGGUGUUGCCAGUAAACCCGCUCUGGAUUCUUUGCACAUUCAACUUGUGCGCAACUACGUGGAGUCCUGCUACCCGCUGGUCAAGAGUGGAAGCGCUUGGCAGAAUGAGUGCAUGCCACAGAUCAACGACUUUUUUAACCGUUUCUGGGCUCAGAAGGAUAUGGAGAGUGGGCAGGUGUGUGGAAAACGGAACGGGUUCGACAUGGACAAAGACAACGAGUGCCAUUUCAUCAAUGAGGACGGACAGGAUGAGAGUCUGUCGCUGGAUUCCGGAGAGAACCCCACUGUCAACGGUAGCCACUUCAGCCACGAGAAAUCAGGUCCCAUGUUCGACUCCCAAGAAAGCGGAGAGAAUCCUGAAGACAUCACGUCAGCUGAGGAGUUCGUUGUCUUCCUCUUAAACAGACUAUUUCCCGAAGUGUUUGAGGAAGGAAGACUUCCCGAGGGUCACAGGACUGUCGGAGAGCUGAUGGUCAAUUCGGACACACUGGAGAUGAUCCGCAAAUACAUGGAGGCAAAUUUUCCAGAAAUGCCAGAAGACACGUGGCUGCAGUUGUGCGUGCAGCGAAUGGAGGAAGCUCUUGAGAACAUAUCUGCCAAUGGUGGUGAUCAGGAAAACCACCUGGAGGAGAUGUACAAUCCCGUUUCCCUCCCUGAUGAUGUCUCAAUUGUAAGGAUAAGUGAUUUUUCCGACUAUGAUAAGAGCAAUCGUAGGUCAAAAAGGUUGUUGCUUGAACCUGUUGACUUCAACAAAAUGGAAAUCCCUCAUCCAGAUUUUGAAGUUCCACAAGAGUACCUACUCACAAAAGAGCAGCUAAGGAGCAUCUACAAUAGCAGCUUGUCUAUCGGAAACUUUGCCUCCCGUCUUUUGGUCCUCAUGUUUCCUGAACUGUUCACACAAGAAAACACUCGCAAGCACUACAACUGCAGCGGCUCGCUGGGUAAAAAGCAGCUGGAUCCCGUCCGGAUCAAUCUCAUCCGCCAUUAUGUCCAAAUGCUUUACCCAAGAGCUAAAAACGAUCGGGUUUGGACCCUCGAGUUUGUAGGGAAACUUGAUGAACGAUGCAGGCGUAGAGACACAGACCAGCGUCGCUCCUACCAGCAGCAGCGGAAAUUCUACACCUCGGAUCAAGAUCCCGAUCUCGGAGACUUCGUAACCGCUAGCCAAAUUACCUCGGAUCGUCCGAAAGAGGACUUCGAAGUGCCCUCGUUGCCCCCCGAAAAAACUAGCAAAGACUUUUGCAAGAUUCCUCUGGAAGAUCUCAAGGUUUCCUCUCCAGACUUCCCAGUGCCUUCUUUAUAUUUACUCACAGACUCUGAAGUGAGAGAAAUUGUUCAGCAGAGCCUCUCGGUCGGGAAUUUCGCCGCCCGUCUCCUCGUCCGUCUCUUUCCUGAACUCUUUACGCAUGAAAACCUGAGGCUUCAGUACAACCACUCGGGUGCCUGCAACAAGAAACAGCUGGACCCUGUGCGACUCCGACUCAUUCGCCAUUACGUUGAGGCGGUGUAUCCGGCGGACAAAAUGGAGGAAGUGUGGCACUACGAAUGCGUCCCUAGCAUCGAUGAGCGCUGCAGACGCCCCAAUCGCAAAAAAUGUGACAUCCUGAAAAAGGCCAAGAGACUGAAUAGUGCUGUGUCAUGUUCCUAACACGGCCGAUGUUUUUGAACACAAUUUGUAACUUUU